UCAGAUACAUAGAGAGCUCCUCCCCUCUCGCGGAUGGAGUUUCAGCUCACUGUUCCGAACCACCACAGACCAUACUUCCCCGAUCAUUUGGACUAUUCGGGGGUUCCCUCGCCGUGCUAGUUGUCAGCGGUCGGUCGGAUGUGUAAUUUACAGUCUGAUGUCUUUUCCCUACUGAAAUCUAAGGUGUAGACCGUAAUGGCAGUGCUGAUUCCAUACAGGCUGUUGUCUCGAGGCACGUCGUCCACAGGUGAACCCUGAAACCAGAGUAUUUGCCCAAAUCCAAAGUCUGCAACACUGGGCAUGAUGUCAAAGCUUCCCUGCCUCAUCUUAUCAGGGUCGGCUGCGCACUGACCUGGAGGCAGACCCCAUUGCCUAGGAAGAUGUCGACGUGUAGUGAGUUUGCAGAACACGUGUGGAAACCUGGCUCAUGUAAGAACUGCUUCCACCCACGUAGUGCCCACGGCGCCAGCACCGUUCCCAUCAGCUUUUGGACAAGCGUGGGGGGUGGUGAGGAGGACGAUGGCGGCGUGACCCUUCCCUCACCCUACUCCAAGCCCACCAUUGCUGUCCGGCCCACCAUGAUGAGCUCGGAGUCUUCUGAGACGCAGGCUAGUGAGCGCAUGAACACAGAGCAGGCAAAUGAGAAGAGUGUUACGAAAAGAUUGGAGCUGAAGAAAGUUCUGGAUUUGGGCCCACUCUACAUCGACAAUAACACCUACAGCAGUGUGGGGAAGGAGACAGUAUUCCAGAAUGUUAUUCCUGGGAAGACAGAUUAUUCCAGCAGCUUUUCUCCUGGUGUCUUGAUCCCGAAAGACUCUAGAAUCAUCAGGAGCAUUUUUGGAACUCAGGAUGACGGCACUGGCCCUCAAACUUUGAUGGAGAAUGGAAGCAGCACAUCCUACAGGCCACAGAUUGACAGGCUAAAUCACACGUCGACAUCAAAAAGCCAGCAGCAGCAGCAGCAGCAGCAGCAGCAGCAGCAGCAGCAGCAGCAGCAGCAGCAGCAGCAGCAGCAGCAGCAGGAACUCUCAUCACCUCUGGGUAUCGGGAUCAAUGUAAUCACUGCCUUCUCCAGUGACACCACCAGCUGUCCAAUCUAUGAGCUGUGCACCACUCGUCCUUCCCCCGCACUCAGCCCAGACUCAAGGCCUGCCAGCCUGUCUGACUCCUGCUCUUUCUACAGCAGCACUGACUCAGUCACGGGACGACUUGCAGAUUUUUUUCCGAUUGGCCCAGAGAGCAGUCCGAGUGGCCCUAUUGAACAGAAUGGGCCAAUCAGUGGUGAGCCCAUUUAUGCAGAGAGCAGUAAGCGAAAGAGGAGGCCACAAUGGGAGAAGAAGGAACUGCAACAGGAGCAGCCGGAGCAGGAGGUCAAGGCUGGCGAGAGUCAAAGGACCACCAUCACCGUUAUGGCUGCCCACACAGAGAAGAAUAAUCGUACUUUCUACCUGAGCAGCCCGGACUCAGCUGUUAGCACACAGUGGCCACACUUCAGCCCCACUGCACUUGAAGACCCCCGCAGUCCUACCUUCAAGUGGCCCACGCCCACCUUCCCUAUGGAGACCCCCUCAUCCUCAUCAGGCCUUCCUCAGCCCAAGCCCCAGUGUAGCCCGCCCCUUCCACCUAAGAGGAACUCCCGUUCCCCAAAGCUGGGAGCCUCUAGUCUUUCCCCUGUCCCUCUUCUUGAUUUAAGCUUCAUCUCUGUCUCCACCGUGGGCAAAUCCCACCAUCCCAACAGCCUGUCUCCAGGCCUUCUGGCCGGCAACGGCAUGGAGCGGAGGCACAGCGGCAUGGAGAGGAGCAUGGAGAGGAGGCACAAACUGUCCAGUAGCACCUGGACCCAAGAGGUCCGCAUAGAGGAGGAGGAGGAGGAGAAGGAGGCAGAGGAGGGUGUGGCUGAAAAGGUUGGGCUCAGUGAGCAUCCUGCCAAUGGGACUGCUGUCUGGAAAGAGAACAAGGACUGUAACUCCAGUAUGCAGAGUGAGGGCACCGCAGACAAUGGUGCCAGUCAGGAGCAGGCAGUCGUCCGAGUCGUGCAGGGCACUUGGGGUGGCAGCAUGUUGGCAACAGGGUCGACAGCAGCAUCUCUCAUCCACGGUCAUGGCCACCCACGUUCACGUUCGGAAGGAAAGGUUGGUAACCGGGAGGCCACGCCACCUCCACCUCCUCCAAAGAAGCAGCACAGGCCAUGCCCUAAGAUGAGCCGGAGCAGUGUGGAGCUGGAUGGGGUGAGCCAACAGGGAGCAGUGGACAGUCUGACACAGUCUCUGCGAGGGCUGGCCAACAGCCUGACCACUGCCUCCACUGACAGCCUGACGCCUGACGCACGUGGGCCGGAUGGCACAGCACAGUUGUGCCCCUCCCCAUUUCCCAGCAGCCCUCUUGUCUCCAGUCCAAGUUCCCCCCGCUUCGACCCUUUCCCAAGUUCCCCCCGCUCCGACGCUUUCCCAAGUUCCCCCCGCUCCGACGCUUUCCCAAGUUCCCCCCGCUCCGACGCUUUCCCAAGUUCCCCCCGCUCCGACGCUUUCCCAAGUUCCCCCCGCUCCGACGCUUUCCCAAGUUCCCCCCGCCCAGACGCUUUCCCAAGCCACAGCCUGGACCGGCCACUGCAGCCCCCUCCACUCCCAGAGAAGAAACUAGUGAACCGCACAGUGUCCGCACCUGGCGAGACCAGGGCUAGGGUGACGAUGCGAGGCACACCACGCUUGCCAUUUUAUGGGUCAGAGGGGAAUGUUUGUGGGCCUGAAGGUGCCCCCACCAGCCCUGAGGCGGCACGGCCCUUCCACUCAUCCUCUGACUGCCUGGAGAACCCUCCCCUGUCCUUGACCCGGCCCCUGCGCUCCUGCAUAGUGGAGGAGGCCAGGUUGGGUGUGGUGGGCCGGCUGGGUACUCACGGCCGUGGAAGUGUGACGACCGCCUCCUCCCCUCAGCUGAGCUCUCCUGCCUCCUCUGGCUCCACCAUGCAACUUCAGACCCUGCUGAGCAACAUGGACAGUCGAGAGGGUAUCUACUCCAAGCUGGGUGGGCUCUACGCAGAGUCUCUCCGCAGGCUGGCCAUCAAGUGUGAAGAUCACUUCACCCGGAGCCAGAGAAGUACCCUGCGCUUUGACGAGAGCAACUGGUCCCUCUUCAAAUUAACCUGCAACACGCCCAGCUGCCAGGCAGGGGAUGCCAUCUACUACUCCGCCUCCUGUGCUUCAGACGCAAGCAGCCCCUAUGCUGUCAAGAUUUGUAAGAUCACUUCUGCUGACUCCAAGCAGGGCCACUUAUACGGCCUCUCUAUCCAGCAGAGUCUGCCUCCCCACUUCAACCUGCAGCAAGACUGUGGCCACUUCCUCGCCUGUGUGCCCCAGAGCAUGCUGCCCUCCGAGGAGCUGCCCGGGGCACCAGGCCCUUCACCCAUGGUACCCUCUCUUGCCCAGAGUGAGCAGGAACAUGUAGUAGUGAUCACCAGUGAGGUUCCCUUCCAGAGUGCAUCAGACUUUGUGCAGGGGUGGAUAUCGUUCCAUAAAGCUCAGCCAGAAGUCUAUGAGCGGCGCAUAUGCUUUCUGCUACUGCAACUCUGCAACGGUCUAGAGCAUCUGAAGGCACAUGGGGUCACACACCGCGACCUUUGCCUGGAGAACCUGCUGCUGGUGCCCCACGGACGGGCUGUCUGCGCUCUGGACCCCCAGCAGCAGCAGCUCCCUCGUCUGCUCAUCAGCAACUUCACCAAGGCCAAGCAGCCGAGCGCCGAGGGCCCCGCCAGGACCGACCCCCGCCUCAAACGGGACCACGCCCGACUGGCCCCAGAGAUCGUGUCGGCCGCCCAGUACCGCAAGUUUGACGAGUUCCAGGUUGGCAUCCUGAUCUAUGAGCUACUGCACCAGCCCAACCCGUUUGAGGUGAGUCCAGCUCUGAAGGAGCAGGAGUACCGCUGUGAGGAUUUGCCCCCCAUCCCAGGGGUAUCUCUGUACUCCAGUGGCCUCCAGAGGCUGGCCUGCCUGCUGCUCCAGUCCGACCCCAUCAAGCGUAUCCACAUCCAGGACGCUAAGCGGGUGCUGCAGAGCCUGUUGUGGGGCCCGCGGCGGGACCUGAUGGAGCAGCACUGCAGCAGCAGGAGCAGCAGCAGCAGCAGGAGCACAGGGGCGGAUGCGCAGGAGGGGCUGCUGAACUGGCUGGAUGUGAAGCGUGCGCUGCUGAUGAUGAAGUUCGCUGAGCGCUCUCUAGAACCUGAGAGGAACGCUGAGCUGGAGGACUGGCUUUGCUGUCAGUACUUCUCCUCUGCACACCCAUUGUCACUGUGUCACACAGCCCAAUUGCUAUACUCGUUUAAAGUCACACACUGAAAUUCAAAUGUUGUGUGUGUGUGUGUGUGUGUGUAUCAAGGUAUGUGUGUGUGUGUGUGUGUGUGUGUGUGUGUGUGUGUGUGUGUGUGUCAAGGUAUGUGUGUGAUGUCCGUGAAUGAGGGGCACUGUUGACACUAUACUGGAGAUUUCCUGUCUUCUACACUGUAAGUAAGCGUUGGGUUUAGUUUUAUUUAGUUUGGUCCUUUUUGGUUGCUAAGGAUUUGAGGUUACUCUUUUCAAGUUCACGCAAUAUAUGGUAUCGGCAGCCCUUCUGGAAUUCAGAGACUUUGUCUUAUUUCACAUUUUCUUAGCAUUGACUGAAUUAUACAUUAUACAUGAUUGUUCACUGAAAACUUUUUUAUGAUUUUUGUAACCUUGAGAACCCAUUGAAGAAUUAAAUCUGUUAGUAAUCUAUUUCCUGGAUCCCAAACAUUUUUUCAUGGCACAUUCCACCAUGUGAAAUAUGAAUAUGAACUGUGAAGUCGAUAUAAAAUAUAAAAAAACUGUAAAAUCGAUAUAUUGUCUUCCUGACUGAAACAAAAAGGGCCCUAUUUUGAUGGCGGAGACGGUAGAGCAUGGACACUGUUGCUGAAAAAGCAAGCAUUAAAAGUGCCAGGAGCUCUUUUAAUUAGUGAAAGGAUAAAUCAACCAAAACAUUGUUGAGCAAUCCCUUUAAACUGAAUGCGUCCAAUGAUAUUACAGUGUAAGAGGAUGGCAAUAUUGCUGCAGGUUCUGGAAUGUUCACCAGGUAUGCUUUUUCAGUUGUUCAAAACAAGUUACAUUUGUUGACACAAAACUGUAGCUUCGUCAGACCUGUUUUAAAAUGCCCUAGUCACAUCCCUUCAGACUGAAUGUUAUGCGGUUCAUCAGGACUGGGAAUUUGGAAUUUGAGAAGAAAGUGUUUUGCUCACUUGGAUUCCUUGAGGAGCUAAUGUUAUUUUUGUCAAGAUGAAUAUAGCCCAUCUCAUAUCUGUUCUGAAUAAUUGAUUUAGGCCUCAACUUGGGCAGUGAUGUUGGUGAUUGGCACAUUCAGAUGUCAGAGAAGAAUAUGUCGCCACGCUUAUACAAAAUCCACACGUAGGGGUGGGAAGUGUAGUUUAUCAACCGGGUGGAAUAAGCCGUUUCUGCCAGCCGUUUUCGCCCUUAAAAUAGGGCCCAUUUUGUCUUAUUGAAGCAACUCUGUUCCAUUCACUGUGUAUGCUCCUCAUAUAGGGCCUAGUUAUCUGAGCUGAAGGGUUGACCAGGCACCACUCCAUUGUUUCAGUAUUUCAUGGCCAGGCAGUAAUCUGGAGGUAGAUUGGGGGAUCAUUAAACCAUAAGGAGGGAUGAAUUCAGUGCCCUGGGGUCCUAUAAUCCGGCCCUGAAGUUCGAGAAACAGGUCUGAUCCAAAUUCCAACUGGGGGAUUUGAAGCAAAAUAUUUUAUUGAAAGCAAUAAUGUUUUUAUUUUUGUUUUUGUUUUUUCAAUAUAUGACUUGCCAUGGAAACUAAUGUUUGGCGGCUCUGAUGACUGGAAAAAGUCUGGGUUGGAGACCUGAGAACCUGAGACCUACAAUAGCAUCUGACUUGCUAAUGGACACAGAGCAGUCCUGUUCUGAUGUGGGUCUGGGACUCAGGGUCACAUCUGGUCCAGCAGCUGCUGCUAUCUGAGCCUACCAUCCAUGUCCAAUGCUGAUCUUGACAUUAGUCAGGAACAUUAGGUGGAGUGGUGGUGAGAUGGGCAACCUGACAAACUGUUCCACCAGUACCUCAAGGACCUGAUAUUUUUAGACUUAAAUGUAAAAAAAAAGAUCAUGACUUACACAAGGCAUUAUUCUGGUGAAUGAUUUGGUGCUUAUAACGUAAACGUUCUUGCUGCACUGUCACAUGUAGAGUUGUGAACUGGCUAUUUGGAGAAAGCAUAUUCAUCAAUUAUCUGUUGAUUCACCUUAAUAUGGAUGAAAAACCUUCUAAUAUUCGCACAUUUUGUAAUAACCACGGACCCUUGCCAGCAGUAAAAGGUAUCAACAUUUUUGUAGUGCAUUUUCAUUUUACCAUUUGAAUACAUGUAAUCCAUUAAUCACCAAUCUGUGUUGAGCCCUCAUUCUGUGAGGCAUUGAAUUUCACAUAUACGUUCCAGAAAUGUAACUAGAUUUGUAUAGAAUUCUUCCAAGAUCCCUUUUGAUCAGAGUAGUUCUUGAAUUAACCAUAAAUGAUUAGAUUCAUACUUAAAGUCUCAUUUUUUAAGAUUAACCAGGUUUGCCCAUCCAAUUAACUGGAACGUGUUCUGCUCUUUGCAUUUCUUAGUCUAUGAAGGUGCUGUAACUAUUAUUCCAGAUAGGUAUGGAUUCAGUCAAACAUUGCUGAAAGUUGUACCACAAUUUGAUGUUUUUGGCAGAGGCAUUAUUGUUUCCUUUUUGUAAUGAUUCAAGAUUCCAUGUAUCUGUGUACCAGGCUGACGUAGGUUACACAACAAACCCUCAGAUGCUGUCAUAAGAACAUACAUCAACUUGCAAUGAGUUUUUAGACAGGAGGCACUCAUUUAUUGUUUUGAAGUUUCUUAAGUCUCAUUACUGCAGUUGUUGAAGUAGUCACAUCUUGCAACUAAAAGUUAUUGUGGUAAUUGAACAUCCAUAUCACAACUAUGAAUAGCAGGGACAACUGUCCUGAUCAGUCAGCUUGAUGCAACCCGUCCCACAGUCACUCCAUUUGAUUGUAUUCAUAGUGCUCUGGCUAUGUUCCCUUGUGAUUCUUUUUAUCAUUUCUCCUCAUAGCUGACUAUGUGCAAGUGAAACAAUCACUCUCUUUGUUGGGUGUGUUGUGGGCAUUGUAAAACAGUGCAACAGACGGCUAGUUGGCUAGCUGUUCAGUUCCGUGUAUGUCAGGACUGUGUUUUAUCUUUGCUUUGCCAAUUCCCCUCAAUUCACUUGUGUGGAAUCCUCUGAUUUGCUUCUGUUGUUAAAAAACGCAAAGACCCUGCCAUGGGCUUUUGUUCUGACCAGGAUCAUUUGAUUUGCUGUCGCCAGACAAUGUUGACCUGUGAAGUUAUGUGAGCCUAAUGUUACUGCUGUCACAAUGCUCAUCAUGUAGACAUCAACGGAAUUUGCAACUAAGUAUCCAUUUACUAACUGAUGUAUAAGCCUCACAUACAUCUAUCAAUAAAUAUUAAUAUACUUUCACACAAA